AUGGACCUGUGUGCCUCCACUUUGGAGCUGCUGGGGAUGGUAGUGUACAUGGCAGCCUGGCUGUGUGCUCUGGCCACCACCCUGAUGCCACAGUGGCUGACCCUGUCCACAGACCUCUUGCUCACAGAGAGCUAUGAGCUGGGUCUCUGGGAGACCUGUGUGGUCCAGGACAUGGGGGGGAUGGAGUGUCGACCCUACGACAGCCUGCUGGGCCUGCCUCAGGACAUCAAGGUGGCCCGUGUCUUCAUGUGUAUCUCCCUGGCUGUGGGCCUGCUGGGCCUGCUGCUGGCUAUCCCUGGUCUUUACCUGGUCAACAGCUUCAGCCAGGGGCUGGAGGGCUGCAGGGCCAAGAGGAUCAUGAAGGUGGCAGGAGGGGUGCUGGGGAUGGUAGCUGGGGUGCUGUGUCUGGUCCCUGUUUCCUACGUCGCCCACUUGACGGUAAUGCGUUACUUUGAUGAGUCAGUGCCGGAGGUGGUGCCACGCUGGGAGUUUGGUGAUGCCCUGUUCUGCGGCUGGGUGGGGGGGUUCCUCCUGCUGGUGGCGGGAUUACUCCUGUUUGCAUCCUGUCUGGGGCCUCUGGCAGACCAUUCCAGGGGACCUCAGGCAGACUAUUAUGGAGCCCCCCAAGCAGAUCAUUCCAGGGGACCUCAGACAGACUAUUACGGAGCACCCCAGGCACAAUCGCCGAAGAGAAACGAGGUCCGGAGUACGGAUCAUUCUUCCAGGAAACCUCCAGAGUAUGUCUGA